AUGACUGCGCUUGAAAGACAGGUGAGGACACUCGCCACUGCCGUGGAGCGCCUCACCAAACAAAACCAUGACCUAGAAGAGCAACUGAAACAGAAAAAUGCAACUCCCAACAACCAAGGAGCAGAUCAAGAAGGAACCAGCGCCGACAGAAGAAACCAGGAGGGACCCCAGGCCAGCAACACCCCGAGCAAACCAGAACGACAGAACAUAAGCAUCCCCUCCCUCGCAGAAACCACUCCGCCACUUGUUAUCGCGGAGAUGCAGGCCAUGAAGGAACAAAUGGAGAUUAUGAUGAAUGCUCUUAAGGGACGAGUAUCAAGCGACCUUAAUGACCUUGUCAACCGAACUGACUCGCCGUUCACCGCCACCGUCAACUCCUACCAUUUACAAAUGUUCCAGCAAAUGAGGAUCGACAGGGAGCGAUUGAUCCCAACAAAUGCCCUGCUUGUUGGCUUCGACGGGAGCCGAGUAUUCCCACUGGGCGUGGUCACAUUAUCCGUAAUUGUGGGUGAUUACCCUCAACAGAUAGCCAGGGACGUGACAUUCUUGGUAGUCGAUUGCUCGUCAGCCUACAACGCUAUCCUCGGGCGACCCACGCUCAACUCAUGGAAGGCGGCCUUAAGCAUAGAAGAGCACCGGACGGUAACGGAGCCAAUUGAGAAGUUAGAAGAGAUACCCCUUGACAGUUCCGAUCCUGGCCGAACGACCAAAAUUGGAACGCUCGCUAACCCCACGGUCCGCCAGGAGCUCAUAACCUUCCUCAGAUGCAAUCGAGAUGUAUUCGCGUGGGGUCAUGAAGAUAUGCUGGGAAUAGAUCCUUUAGUAAUGGUGCACAGGUUGAAUGUAUCGCCCGCCUUUCCACCUAUCAGACAAAAGAAGAGGGUGUUUGCCCCCGAGCGAGACCGAGCCAUGGCAGAGGAAGUCAGAAAGCUACAGGAAGCGAGCUUCAUUAGGGAAAUAUACUAUCCCGACUGUUUAGCAAAUGUAGUAAUGGUCAAAAAAGUGAGCAGGAAAUGGCAGAUGUGUAUGGACUUCACCGACCUUAACAAGGCCUACCCCAAGGAUAGCUACCCCCUCCCGAGGGUUGAUGUCCUAGUAGACUUUACGGCCCAACACCAGUUGCUGAGCUUCAUGGACGCCUUCUCGGGGUACAACCAAAUCCAAAUGCACGAAGUCGACCAGGAAAAAACAUCGUUCGUGACCAGCCAAGGCCUCUUCUGUUACAAGGUCAUGCCCUUCGGCCUGAAGAACGCAGGCAUAACGUACCAAAGGCUCAUGAACAAAAUGUUCGCGCAACAGAUUAGGAGGAAUGUCUAG